AAUGCGCGGAUGUGGAACAGUGCUGUGGUGUUUUGAGUCGAUGGUGGAGAAAAGUUUGACAUUUGUGAUGUUUUUGAAUUGAAAAUGUGUACCUAGUGGAUAUAAUGGCUUACAAGUACCGAGAAGAAAUAGUGGGUAAACGUUUUCUUUCGGUUAGUGGAUUUACCAAGCUGAAAUUAGGAAAAAUCGGCGAGUGGGGCUGGAGGGCGGGAGUAAUACGUGCUGCAAGUCACAAGGACAGUUCUCAUCCAGAUCUGCAGGUGCUGGUUGAAUAUGACGGUGUGGAAUGGUACAGGCGAGAAUGGAUAAGCGUCUACAAGGACAGCAUCUUCCACCUGUUUCUGGUGGAGCACAGUUUGGUGUGGACAGAUCGAGUUGACCCCCUGUCCCCUUCAGGCGGCUCUGACAUUCUGUGGCCCGCUCUGUCUUUCACGCCUCUGGUGGCUGCCGUGGACGUGGCUUCAAACCAGCAACCGCUGGAGUUCCUACUGGACCGGGAACUCACGUUCCGCGAUUAUUCCCGCCUGCAGCCCUUCCAGGAAUGGGACCCCGAAUUGCCCGGGCUGAGAGACUGUCCUGAGCUGAGGGCCGAAGUUCAACGCUGGUUUGAGUUGCAGGACGGGCAGAGAAUUCUUGUGACCACACCCAGUGUUCUGGUGGGUUACCGGGUGGAGGUGUACAGGGCAGAGGGAACCACCCAAUGGUACACCGCCGUCAUUGUCAGUUACAACGAGGCUACUAGGGACCUGACCGUCACUGAUGACACGGUCCUCGAGGAACACAACGAGGACCCGUGUAUCGUCCAGAUGCGACUCAUUGGCGAUGGAGUGGUGGAAUCGAUAAUGAGAGGCGAAAAUGUGGGAAUCACUCCACGGAGGUCAAGGUCAUCGGCAGUGGUCACGCAGCAGGCGUCGCGAGUGGGCCGUGGUACGUGCGUGACACCAAGUGGUGGGCCUGCAGGCUGUGGUGCCAACACCGGAGCGGCUCCGGUGAGCCGGAAACUCCGUACCGGAAAGCUUCCGGCGACCUGUGAACAACCUCCUCCGGCGACAGAAGCGGUUGCUACACCCGCAACUAAUAUACCUGUCGACAAAGGAGCACCUGCAGCAACACACAACAAGACACGGGCUGAAAGAAAACGGAGAGUCGCCGAGCCUCGCGGGAACAGCAGUGUUUGUGAUCUGACCAACAAGGAGGACCUCGAGAAUAAGGGCAACAAAAAGAGAAACUGCACCCGCGGAUCCAAGAAGAAGGUCCUCGAGGAGACGAACAACAGCAAGCUCCGGCGACACGUCCAGAUCCGCGUUGAGGACUGUCUGCAUCGCACCUCGGCGCUCAGGAGCUGCAAGAAGGAGAACCCCCCCGCCCCUCUCCGUGUGGCGGAGACCCCCUCAGCCGCCGACCAGUCCCAGGAAGCAGCUGACAAGCUCGAGGAAGUGUUGCCCGCGCAGGAGGAAGUUCAUAAAGGUGUGAUCGUUGACUCAAGGACUCGAAGCGACGGGGAAGUGAGCUUGGAGCCCGAUGAUGACCAAAGCCGGGGUAGUGGUGGAUGUAGUGUGGUUCUAGACGAGAGAGCCAGUGAAAAUGAAGAAAAGUGCUACAGUGGUUCGGCCGUGCAAGAAGAAGUGUCUGAACCGUCGGUGAUUGUGGAGGACAGGACGAGUAGUGGCGACCCGGUCGUGCGACAGCCAGCGACCAUCAGUCAGGACGACCCCCACCCGUUGCACCACCACCUGCCGCCCCCCGGACUCUAUUCUCAGCUGGCCCCCGACAUGUUGUGGAGUAAGCGGUACGCUCCUCUGCCCGUCGGCACCCACCUGCUGGCGCCCGCCCCCGAGGACAUCCUGGUUGAGCGGGAGCGGGAGAGAGUCUUCAUCAGGGAACGACAGAACCAAGAAGCAAGGGAACUCGAGAAGCGGGAGAAGGAACGAGAAAGGGCAGAGCGUGAACGCCAAGAACGGGAGAAGUUAGAGAGGGAGAGACAGGACAGAGAGAAAAUGGAGAGAGAGAGGCAGGAGCGAAUUGAACAAGAGCGAAAGGAGAGAGAAAGGAUAGAAAAGCAGCUCGCGACUGAACAAGCUGUCCACAAACAUUUCGAGGAGUCUCUUCGCCUGGCACAGCGAAAGCAUGGUACAGGCAAUAUGUGCUGGAAUCUUAUCAACAGUUUGCCCCCUCCACGGGGCUCUGGUCCUGAUGACGAGAGGAAACGUGGAAAUGAACACGAUGUUACUCAUCAGCAGCAGCGAUUGAUGGCGGAAAGACUGCGGCAAGAGAGAUAUUAUCUGCCCGGGAGGCCACCCAGCGCUCCAAAGGUAGAAUAUCCGCCGCCUGCCCACAGUCGAAUAAGCAGCGGGAAAGCGUCGGAGAAACCCGGUGGCCACGCGGUGCUACCGAAGGCAGAGCCGAACUUCAACCUCUUUGGAUACCCAGCGUAUCAUCCAGGAGGGCUUCUUUCCCAUGACGGCGUCAAAGUAAAGCAGGAACCGCUGAAGGUCUCUCCUUCAUCGGGAUUAACGUCUUUGGUGGCCGCGAAAAGUGCGUCGGCGUCGAUGGGAUUAGAUAGAGAAAGAGACUCGAUGUUGCCAAACCCACCUCCGCUCAUGAGUGAUAUUAAGAACUCGGUAAUAGUUAAAAAUGAGGUCAAGAGCCCUCAUCACCCCCACGAGUCAUCAAAGGUGCCGCCGUCACAUUCCCCGAGCCUGAAGCUAAGAGCCGGAGACAUGGUGACGUCGCAGCAGCCUCAUUACCUCCCUCAACACAAGGCAGCGUACGAGUACCGUAGUCCCAGUCAGUCCCCGCACCACCUGGCUGCCCGGCACACGCCUAGUCCUCAUCACGCUCACAUGGCGCUGGAAGCGCAGAAUCUUGCUGGUAAGGGGAUGCAAGCACAUCACAGGUCCAGUCAGCAGCCUCACCCUCACGCGCUUCCUCAUCGUCAGUCGCCGCACGGCAUGCAACAGCAGCCUCACCCUUCACCGCCCGAGCAGAGGUAUGGCGGCCCGAGCGGACCGAGUUCUCUGCCCUACGGAUCUUCUAAGACUGCGACCGUGAGUUCGUAUCCAUACCCCUCUCCCGUGGGGCACGUUACCACGACACAUUAUCCACUGACAGCGAGCGGAAAUGUGACGGCUGCCUCAAAGCCCAAAGUCAGCAGUCCUGCCCCACCUCACAUCUACGGUAAGCCCGGAAUCACGACCGGUACUCCGGUGUGCCGCGCUCAAGACACAAACGUCAACUCUGGUCCUUUGCCUUUAACAUCCAAGGCUCCUCUCACGUCGUCCGUUUCUCCUUCACCUUACCAGCAGAUGUCACGACAGCACCACCCUCCCCCCCACCAAGCAUCUGUGGGUCCCCCUCCACCCCCCCACUCCAGAGUUAGCUGCAGCGGCAUGGUCGGAGAACACAGAGGAAUGUUUGACCGAAUGUAUCCCGGAGGCACAGGUCUCGCUGUGAAGCCACUGGCACAGCACCAGGGCUCUUCUCCCCCCUCGGCCAGUGCGGCUCCCCUUCCUAAUCCUCACUCGUCUCCACUGCAGAUUCCUCAUCAGACGUCGGGGCACCAUCUUAGUAUGACUUCGAUUUUCCAGACGCAACCCCUGGAUCUUGGGGUGUCGUCGGAUCGGGGAAGUAGCAGAGACGACUUGGUCGGUUCUCCCAAAAGAAAAGGCAUACCGAUGCACCACAGUCCCGGCGUUGUGGACCCGAGCAAGAGAAGGCGCUGUGAUCAACAAAACCUUCCGCCACAACAAGUCAUGUCGCAGGGAGCACUGUCACAACCGUUGCUGUCUCGCGUUAGUGAACCGAGCCCUCUUAUUGCCAGUGCUGCCACUCCAAUAACUACAGUAGUAAACACUGCUGCGUAUUGCAGUCCUGCGGCGACCACCAUGAUGGUAUCCGUCUCGCACGAACCUCUGUCGGCGAGCACGGUAGUCACCACGAGUCCAAAAACUGUGCCGGCAAGAACGGGGUCAGGAGACGGCUCUGUGAGGCCCGGCAGUCCGGCGGUCACAUCGAUUUACCCCUCGACGGGACCGGGCGCGAUGUCUCGGCAGCAAAGCAACGGCCCAGUACGGCUCGUGCCGCCCGCGAGUUCCGGCAGCCCCAGCCUAGGUGCGCAGCAGCAAACCAACCCUCCCCCCCACACACCAGCAAAACCUCAGCCUCCACCCAGCAAUUUGGAUUCAGACAAGUCCAACAGCCCCGGUCCUGCGCGACCGGCGACGAGCAGUAGUUACCCCGUGCAUAAGCUCAAGAAAGCGUGGCUCCAGAGGCACUCGGGGGAAGAUGGGACCGAAGACACCACUGGGAUUGUGGGUAGUGGCUCAUGUGUGACGUUGCCUUUGAAUCUGGGUACAAAUUCGUCUGGUGCAGGAAUAAGUAAAGAUAAUGUUCAUAGUGUUGGUAGCAGUGUGUCCUCUCUUCAGAGCGUGUUGUCUUGCAAAGCGAAGUCCAGUUCCAACAAGGGAAGUAAUCGGAAAGGACCCGUGCCGGCGGGUAAUAAAGAUGGAAAUGGAGUUACAUUAAAUGGACAUGCGACAGAUAUACCAUCUUCCAAACAUCCACGUCCUGACGAUUCAUCGAGUUCUGACCCCGAACAUAAGUCUCCUCCGAAGAGGAAACCGCCCAAAGUGAAGCGAAAGAAAGGCGGAGGUGCCGCGAGGAAGGCCGCGGAGGAGAAGCGCAAGAAACUGGCACCCGUGGCGGUCCAUAGUGAGAGUGGUAGCGACAGUGACAAGGAGAGUCUGAGUGACAAGGAUUCGGACAGUGGCGCAAGUACCACCCAGAGCGGAACCAGCGGAAAGAAGUCUGCCAAUGGCGGAGGUGGAAGCAGCACCGGCGGAAGCGGCGGAGGGAGCAAGGAACCCCGGAAACGAGGACGCAGACCCAAGUCAUCAAAAAACGAUCGAGGCGAGGAGCCGCGGCAGAAGAAGUCCAGGGACGACCCCCCGGCUCCGCAGCGCGACCCGUUUCGCAAGCCUCCCGUCAGCCAGCUGAAGAAGACGGGCGAGAGUUUCCUCCAGGAUGGCCCGUGUCACGAAGUGGCGCCCAAACUGGCCAAGUGUCGCGAGUGCCGCUGGACGCCCAACCAGCGCUCCAAGAAUAUGCCUAACAUCUUCUGCCGCUUCUACGCUUUCAGGCGCCUGCGCUACACAAAGAACGGGCAGCUGGCCAUCGCGGGGUUCUCGGACCCGCACAACGACGCCGCGGAGGAAGAUCUGAAGCUGUGGCUCCCGUUGCCCGAUAACCCGCCAGCCGACCUAGACCUCGAGAUGUCGAGAUUUCUCUUAACCCAAGUAGGAGACCAGUUCUGUGAUUUACUCGAACAAGAAAAAGAAUCCAUCGCCGUUCAUAUGUCGGAAGAAAAGACCAUUGCUUGGAAGAGGGUGGUUCAAGGUGUUCGGGAGAUGUGCGACGUAUGUGAGACCACCCUCUUCAACUUCCACUGGGCGUGCAACAAAUGUGGAUUUGUUGUCUGUAUUGAUUGUUACAAGGGCCGAAAGAACGGCUCGAUCAAGAUCUGGGGCGAGGCCGGGAAGGACCGAGAUGAAUUUUCGUGGCUCCUCUGCACUAACAGACAGGCCCACGAACAGGAAAAGUUAAUGUUGACGCAGAUAAUUGCCGGAGAUUCGCUUCUUCAGCUGGGAAGGAAGGUUCAUGACGUACGAGCCCUGUGUUGCAUUCCCCAGUACUGCGGUUGUCUUAUGAGCAAAGAGGUCCCACACAAGUCGACAAAUGGCUUCUGCAAGGAUUUGUUGAAAAUCUUCAAGAAUGAACCGUUGAAUGGCAUAAUCAAGCAGGAAAAGAAAGAGAAGGAUACUGAGGGUUCGGACAAGGAGAAGAAGAACGGGGCAGCGAACGGAGCUAUCGUGAAGCAGGAAGACCAGAAUUCCCCCCUUAACUGGUUGGCCGAUGUUGCUCUGUCAAAUGAGGACAAAAAACCAUGCGAGGACUCUGGUGGCAGCAGCAGCGACUCGGAUGAAGAUAAGGACGGAAACUAUUCGACGCUAAGGGAGCUAUUGAUCCGUCCUUCUCACAAACCCAACGGCAGUGGCGCCUCUCCAGCCAGCAAUUUGACUACUUCGUCAUCUGGUGGCCUUAACAGCGGCAGUGUUAACAACAAUACAAACAGCAGUUGUAACAACAGCGCCGGCAACAACGGAGCGUCUCCAAACGCGAGUUGUUCGGUGACCGCGGCCAAGGGCUCGAAGAAAUCGAGACUGGACACGCUCGACGAGGUCAUUUCAAGCGUUAUUGAGCACAGCGUUCAGAAGGAAGAUCACGGCAACUCCGCCUCGGCGGAAGGGAAGCCUCCCGUGGAACUGAAGCAUUUUGUGCGGCGUUAUAACUGGGCCCAAAAGGGCCGGGAGCCGCUGCCCAUCCGCAUCAUGACUCUCACAGAGAGCAAGAUUCUCUAUCCAGAUGUUCCUCAUUCGUGGCUGUGUGACGGCAAACUGCUGAGACUGACGGAUCCAAAUUGCGACGGAAAUUAUCGCAUAUUCCAGGAUCAGUGGAAACGCGGCCAACCUGUGAUAGUAUCGGACGUGACGAAACACUUGGACAUGAGCCUCUGGCAUCCGGAUUCGUUUGCCCGCGAUUUUGGCGAGGACAAGAACGACUUGAUCAACUGCAUGACGGGAAACUUGGUGCCAAAUCAGCCAAUGAGGAAGUUCUGGGAAGGAUUCGAACAGUUCUCUCGUCGCCUGAAGGACGACAGAGGGAAUCCCAUGCUGCUCAAACUGAAGGACUGGCCACCAGGUGAGGAUUUUGCAGAGAUGCUGCCAUCUCGAUUCAGUGACUUGAUGCGGGUGUUGCCUCUGGCGGAAUACACUCAUCGGACGGGACGUCUGAAUCUCGCGAGUCGCCUCCCGGACUGUUUCGUGCGUCCGGAUCUCGGGCCCAAGAUGUACAACGCCUACGGAUCGGCCCUUUACCCCACGAAGGGCACGACAAAUUUGCACCUUGAUAUUUCAGACGCGGUCAAUGUGAUGGUGUACGUGGGGAUCCCAAAAGACGGAGAUAACGAGGAACAUAUCAAAGAAGCAUUUCGGGCAAUAGACGAGGCGGGGUGCGACAUCUUGACGAGGCGGCGCGUCCGGGAGAAAGGAGAGCUGCCCGGCGCGCUCUGGCACAUCUAUAACGCCCGGGAUGCCGACAAGAUACGCGAUCUGCUGAACAAGGUGGCUAUCGAGAGAGGCGCUCGGUUGGAACCCCAUCACGACCCGAUUCACGAUCAGAGCUGGUAUCUCGACGGCCCGCUUCGAGAGAGGUUGUACAAGGAAUAUGGCGUGGAGGGCUACGCCAUCGUCCAGUGUUUGGGGGACUCGGUCUUCAUACCUGCAGGGGCGCCUCAUCAGGUGCGCAAUUUGCACAACUGCAUAAAGGUGGCCGAGGACUUCGUCUCGCCGGAGAACGUCUCGCACUGCUUCCACCUGACGCAAGAAUUCCGAGAGCUCUCGGACACACAUUCCAACCACGAGGAUAAGUUGCAGAUCAAAAACAUCAUCUACCAUGCGGUGAAAGAUUCGUUGUCGGUCCUUACCAAGAUGGCUGGAGGCAGCGACGAAUUUCUGCCGGAUUUGGGUUCGGGGUCGUCGGCGGCAGAUAACGUAGCGAGCGUCUCUAGCCCGGUCGGCGGAGAGGCGGCUCCUCCUAAUGGGAGCGACGACGAGGAUGAAGAUGCCAACAGCAGCGGUCAGAGCAAUUCAGAAAUAAAGAUGGAACCUGCUACGUGAGCAACGCAGGCCGUCAAAUGAAGACGUGCAAGAUGAGGGUGAGGCGAGCAGAAGCUGCUGUACCCGUCCGAUGGCUCCUCUGCCACGGAGGAAUAUUUGGGUUUAUCAUCGUGUAACGGCUUAAAUCCCGGUUUACCUCGGCAUCUCGUCCGGCGGUUGCCGGCACAGAGCGUAAUAUGUAGUUCCUGGUUGAUUCCUGUGGCGCCACGUGUUUUUUGCAGACCGUCGGCGUCUUCAAGGCUCGCCCUCAGACGCGUCCUUGAAAUUGGCGCGGUGCAGGGGAGUGAAGAUUUGUUGAAUAUGUGGGAGUCUGGAAGGGCGGCUUGUCACGUCAUGUAAACGAGAAAGUACGCCGAAGAAGACGUUUUACUAGACGCGUGCCGUUUGGAGGCUACAAUUAAUGAAAUGUUGGCUAAAGGCUGACGAGCGUGUAAUCCGCGCGUCCUCUUUAUUGCACAGAAUACAAAUUAAAUGUCGCACAUUUCUCAUUCCCUUGCGGCAGAGUGGUUGUAAAUUUUGUGAUGAAUUGAAGAGCGGGAGGAACGGGGUCUUGAUCUCGCUAUGCCUACAUUUCCAUGUGCAGUCCCUUCUGUCCGUAGUGAUCGUCUUAUGCAUGUAAGGAGGGCAGCUCGUGCCUCGAAUUAAUUUUUUAAGUGUCGCGUAAGAGCCGACGAUCUUCGAUGAUUUUAUCCGUGUUAAAAGGUAAUAAUAAAAAAAAAAUCUUGGUGUAAUUUUAGGUCAUUCAAGUGUUUGAGCUGCUCGUAAUUUUUUUGAAGAGCGAGCUCCGGCCGGCGCCGUCGCCAUUUUUCUACCCCCCGCCUCGCGCGGGCGGCGUUCUUUACACUUCUGUCCGUCUUUGUCACUUCUCAGAGAAUUAAAUUUCUAGGUGGAACUUUAUAUAAGUGCUGUUUAAAAGUGCCAAUGCGAAGAGCGAAAGUCGGCCGAUACACGGCGCCACCUUGGAGUGGUUUUAAUUUUUUUUUUUCUCCUUUCUUUUGUUGAAAGCGUAGAAUUCAGUUGAAAAUUUAGAGAACGCUUUCUAUUUAACCAAAGCCACGAGGAACUGAAUUCUGUAGUUCCUAUGUAUGUACUAGUAUUACAGCGACCUUGGUUCUGAAUUUGGGUGGUGGAAUUGCGCAAUUUCCUUGAUCUCAGUUCUUGCGUCGAGCAUACAACGAUUUGCGAGUGAUUUAGUGUAAUUACGAUGUCCGCGGCCCCUCCCCUGAUCGUCCCGGAGGGGCGCCUACGAACCGCGAGCGCCUGGGCCUCUGUUUGACGGGCGUCAAGACGUACCAGUAUUUUACGAUCCGGUUCGCCCCUGUAUAUUAUUCCGUAGUCAUUCGCUCGUUUCCGUAUACGCCUCCAGUUCUCGGUGUUUCUGCCCCGCGCGCGAAUCUUACGGAUUCUCGAUUUUUAUUGAGGACUUGUGAUUUGUUGUGCUUCAUCCGAGGGGACGAGGAACACUCAUCAGUUAGUGUUGUACAGUUCGUUAGUGUUUUGUUUCAGCUGUUGUGGAGUUAGUUCACAAAAUGGUUACUAGAGGCCAUGCAUGAGUGGUCCAGUCUUUGUACAGUGCAGUUGUAUCGAUGUUUCUGUAACCCAGUGGGCGGAGUAAAUUUUUUGUACUGUGUAAAUGUAAGAGAUAACAGUUUGAAUAAGAAAAUGUUUAUAUUAUGGAA